AUGGGCAGGGGGAAGCUGCCCCCGGCCAUGGCCCAUGAGGGGGGUUUUGACGGGGAAGGGGACUGUGUGAAGGGCACUGGGGGGGUUUGCUUUCCUCUGCUUCACCUCUUGGUUUUGGCCCAGGUUCACGGCCAAGGAGGAGUCAAGUUCCAGAACUGGGCCAAGACGUAUGGCUCCUGCCCGGAGCUCUACUUCCAGCCCACCUCGGUGGAGGAGGUCCAGGAGAUCCUGGAGAUGGCCCGGCAGCGGGGCAAGAGGGUGAAGGUGGUGGGGGGCGGCCAUUCGCCUUCCGACAUCGCCUGCACCGACGACUUCAUGAUCCAGAUGGGGAAGAUGAACAGGAUCCUCAAGGUGGACAAGGAGAAGCAGCAGGUGACGGUGGAAGGUGGGAUCUUCCUCUCGGAUCUGAACAUCGAGCUGAGCAAGCACGGGCUGGCCCUGGCCAAUAUGGGAGCCGUUUCCGAGGUGGCAGCAGCCGGUGUGAUUGGGACGGGGACGCACAACACCGGGAUCAAGCACGGCAUCCUCCCCACCCAGGUCGUAGCGCUCUCGCUGCUGACAGCCUCGGGGGAUGUCCUGGAGUGCUCCGAGUCCGUCAACGCGGACAUCUUCCAGGCCGCCCGCCUGCACCUCGGCUGCCUGGGCGUCGUGCUCACCGUCACCUUCCAGUGUGUGCCCCAGUUCCACCUGCACGAGGUGACCUUCCCUUCCACCCUCACCGAGGUGCUCGAUCACCUCGAGGACCACCUGAAGAGAUCCCAAUACUUCCGAUUCCUGUGGUUCCCGCACAGCGAGAACGUCAGCGUCAUCUACCAGGACCCCACCAACAAGCCCCCCUCUUCCUCCGCCAGCUGGUUUUGGGAUUAUGCCGUUGGCUACUAUCUGCUGGAGUUUCUGCUCUGGAUCAGCACCUUCGUGCCCAGCUUGGUGUGCUGGAUCAACCGCUUCUUCUUCUGGCUCCUCUUCAGCUCCCGGGUGGAGAACGUUGCCGUCAGCUACAAGAUCUUCAACUACGAGUGUCGCUUCAAGCAGCACGUGCAGGACUGGGCCAUCCCCAUUGAGAAGACGAAGGAAGCCCUGCUGGAGCUGAAGGCCGCCUUGGAGAACAACCCGAAGAUGGUGGCGCACUACCCCGUGGAGGUGCGCUUCGCUCGGGGGGACGGGAUCUGGCUGAGUCCCUGCUUCCAGCGGGACAGCUGCUACAUGAACAUCAUCAUGUACAGGCCCUAUGGAAAGAACGUGCCCCGGCUCAACUACUGGCUGACCUACGAGGGCAUCAUGAAGAAGUACGGCGGGAGACCCCACUGGGCAAAGGCCCACAGCUGCACCAGGAAGGACUUUGAGAAGAUGUACCCGGCCUUCCCCAAAUUCUGCUCUGUCCGGGAGAAGCUGGACCCCACGGGGAUGUUCCUGAACACCUACCUGGAAAAGGUGUUCUACUGACAGCACGGGGAUGGAUGGGGUGGUGCAGGGGACGGAGGAGAAGCCAGCCAUCAGCCCUGGCUCUCAGGACACCCCCAAAGCUCACGGUCCUUGGUGGCUGCACCCCCAGCUCCGGUCUCUGCCCUGUGAUGGGGGCUGGCUCUGAUCUGCGAGCUGGCAGGGCUCUGCGGUGCCUGGAAGCCACUCCUCGUGGUCACUCCCUGUCCCCCCAGGAUGUGCCCAGCCCCAAAUGUCUCCCGUCCAAGCCAACAUCUCAAUAAAGACCUUUC